UCAUUAUUUUCUUUUUUUUUUCAAAAAUAUCAAAAAGUUUCACCUUAGGGAUAGUUCUUGUAUAUUUUUACUAUUGAACUAAUCAAUACAAAACGUUAAGUAUUGGUUUAAGCAUAUUAUAAAAAUUGCGUUUGCGAAGAAUUGCGGAGAUCCAAGUGCAGUUGCUCAGUUAGCUUCAACAGCCGGCUUCAGACUUGAGAGAGAUACAUCCAGCGUAAGAUUCAAAGCGAAGAUUUCGAACAUUGACCAUGGCCAUUGAGCAGAGUCGCACACAAAUUGUCCAGCUGUUGGGCGACAUUAUGAACAGCCAGUCGGACUUGAUGCAUCAAUCGACCGAGGAGCUGACCAGCCUCCAUGCCGAUCCGGACAGCACCGUCGAGCUGUGCCUGGUGCUCGGCAAUGUGGGCAAGCUGCCGGCCAUGCGCAAGUGCUCCGGUCACAUACUGAAGAAUCGAUUGGCCCAGGCGGGCAUGUGGAAGAAGAUGACGCUGAGCCAGCAGCAGGACACGCAGCUGGCGCUCUUCAAUGCCCUCAAAUCGAUGUCCAUCAGCGAUGACGAGAGCUUGCAGACGACAAUCGUGCGCUGUGUUGGCCUGGUGAUGGAGCAUGUGAUGGACGCGACAGACGAGACGGCCGAGUGGAACAAUCGGAUCAUGAAUCACAUAGACGAGCUGUGCGUUAGCCCCGACAAGAUGGCCCAGCUGCUGGGCUCCAUUUGCUUCAAGCUGCUGAUGAAGGCGGCGCCGAAUGUCUUCGAGAAGUAUUUGCUGCGCGCCAAGAGCAUAUUCAUGAACGCACUGCAGAAGGCCAAGGAGAACGGUGAACUGGGCUCGCAGGCAACGGAAAAUCUGCUUGCCGGCUGGAGCUUGGCCAUACCGUUGUUUCGCAAUCAUGUCAGCGACCAGGAUGAGCUGGCCGCCACGCUGCCGCUGAUCAUGGAAUUGACGCACGCCUUUGCCUACCAGCCGAAUCCGAAGCGCAGCUACCGUGGAUUCGAUGUGCUCGUCAAGCUGAACAAGCAUCUGCCAGAGCUGGUGUGGCCCCAGCUGCACGUGGUGAUCAACAAGCUCUUGGGACUGACCAGCGACUCCCAUCUGAGCGAUGAGAUACGCGUCCAGGCCAUCAUCUCGCUGAGGAGCUGUGUGCGUCACAAGCGCCGGCACAUCAUUCGUCUCAAAAUGAUGGACAAGCUGCUGAUGACGCUCUUCCACCUGAUGGCCGUCAAGCCGGCCGUGGACGCAGAUGGCGAGGAGCUCUAUUUGAUGGACACGCACGAAUCGCAAUCGCCGCUCUCGGAGGCCGCCCAAACGGUGCUCUUCAUUGCCGCCCAGUCGGACACGAAUCGUGUGGCGCAGCGCGCCCUGCGCCUCAUGCUGCCCAAGCUGGACCAGCAGAAGUCGGCACUGCAGCGCGUCGCCGGCUUUCUGUUCCUGGCGCUGAUGGCCAAGGGCUUUACCGACCUGCUGGCGGACGAGCCGUUGCGCAGCUUUGUCGCUGCCAUCGAGAAGGGCGUGCACGAUGUUGAUCCCAUGGUGCGUCGAUCCGCGUACUUUACGCUCGCCAUUCUGGCCGAAAAUCUCCAGCCGGAAAUCACGGUGAUGGCCCCGCAAGUGUUGCGCCUCUUCUGCGAGUUUCUCGAUCAGAUGACCCCGGAACAGCGGAUGACCGAUCAUGAAACCGAGUCGCAAACCCGCAUGUUCUGCACCCUGGAGAUCUACUGUGAGAGCCUGAGGCGGGAGGCGCUCCAGCCGCAUCUGGCCGAGCUAAUGAGGCGACUGAUGUACACGGCCGACCCCAACCACAACUCCCUAUCACUGCGCCAACUGGCGCUGAGUGCCAUCGCCUCUCUGGCCAAAAUGACCAAGGAUUUGUUUAAGCCCCACUUCGAUGAGGUCAUGGCCAUUGCCUUGCCGCUGGCCAAGCACAUUGACGAUGACGACGAAUCGAUUCUCCGAACUCAGGCAAUACAGGUUAUCAACAUGUUGAGCCACGUAGAUACAGAGAAAUUCAAGUUUCGUGCACCCGAGCUAAUGGACUGCGUCCUGGAAAUACUGGAGAUCGAGGGUGGACCGCUGGUGUUUACGCUGGAGCUGCUCGGGGCGCUCGCCAAGCAUGUCCCAAAGCAGGUCAACGAGAAUAUUGAGCCCAUCAUCAGUGGCGUCUUCACUGCGAUCAAAGACGGUGCCGACGACAAGGCAAGCGACGAGGAGAGGGACGCCGAUGACCUGGAAGUGGAGACGGAUGCCGAUGCUAGUAUUUGCGCCGAGGAGGACAGCAUCGGCGACGGCCAUGGCGACCAGACGGAGAACGAUGGCAAUACCAGAAGCGUGACCAGCGACAGUAUGUCCACAACGGUGGCACCGGACGAAGCACUGCUGUGCCUCAAGCAGCUGGCUGUGCAUGUGCCCGAUGCGGUUAUCCCAUAUCUGACCGAUGCGGAGCGCUUCGUCGCCAUUUGCGCCGAUUCACGUAACGAAUUGAGCCGCCGGGCGGCAUACGAGGCGCUGAGCGAGCUGGCGGCGCUUCAUUUCCACCAGGGCGACGUGCAGGAGGCGAAGCGGCAGUGGCUCGAGGUGAUGCCCGACCUGGUGGACUUUGUGGAGACGGCCAAGGAGACGGCCAAUGUGAUUGGCGUGAUGAACUGCAUCACGAUGUUCCUCAAGCUGCUCAAGUCCGAUGCGUUGGAGGGCGAGGGCUUCUCCGAAAUGAUCAUCAGCGUGGUGCGUCGCACGCUGCGGCGCAAGCUGAGCUGCCAGUUCAACAUUGGCCAGGACACAAAGAUGUCCGUGCUGCAGCAGUGCAGCCAGGCGCUCUAUGCCGAGAUGCAGGUGAUGGAGGCCGUCGGCGACCUGCUGCCGGCCUUUGGCCAGUCGAUGAGCAAGCGCCAGUUCGCCUCCCACUUCCAGAGCAUUAGCAAUCGAUUCCUGAAGAGCUUGCGCCAGUGCAAGCCCACCGGACAGAUUACGCCCCAUCUAUACUUCCUGUACAAUCUGGUCUUCCGUUGCAUGGAGCCGCUGGGCAUCAUUGCCGAACAGUAUUACGAUGUGCUCUGCUACAGCGCCGUCGACUGCAUGAUGGAUAGCAAGCCGCAAUCCCGCAAGUUUUCGAUCGAUGUGCUGCACUGGCUGCUCAGCCAUGUCCCUGACACCGAGAGUGCGGAUAUCAUUGUGCAGGCAACCUCCACGAUCUUCAUAGAGGCGCUCAGCGCUAGCUCGAUGCUGUCGUCUGCCGAGCGGGAGCUGGUCUGUGCGGUUGUGGCUCGAAUGAUGCUCAGUGUCGACACCAUAUCCAAUGAGAGCACUUUGGCAUCGCUCUAUGCCAAUUUGCCCCUUCGCAGCGAAUUUGGUGCGUACCUAUACAUUGUUCAGGCCAUGCGUCGUCUCUACGAGAAAAAUCCCAACCUAUUGGAGCCACAUCUCAGGGAGACAGUGCAGCUGCUGCUCGAGUCCCUGGAGAAGCAGCAGCUGCCCGAUGAAAACACGCACCACAGAGCUAUUAAGCUACUGACUCAGAUCAGGCGCGAUCACAAGUCGCUGUACGACGAGAUCAGUAAACAGUUUCCGGAAGCUAGUGUAAAAAUGGCACUGAACUAGUCGGAAACGGGAACGGAAAAGGAAGCGGGGCAAGCGAGAGAGCGAGAGCGAGGCAUUGCUGGAAAGGUUUUGAUCAAUCACUUAUAGCUAGCUGAGAAGUCAGGCAACAAAACAAAUGGAUCUUAGUAUUCGAUAACGCAACUAUCUCUUUGUUUCGAAUAUGAUAUACCAGAUGAUGAUUAACAAGUAGGAUGAUGGUGCAAUAUAUAUUAGGUACUCAAAAUUCUAGUGAUGAAAUCCAAAUUUCGGUACCUGGAACAAAAUUGUCUUUUAUUUCAGCU